ACAAACCGAAGAAACUGAGAGAACAUAGCAGACCAGAGAUAAGACUAUGCAUUGUCUUAAUUGUGUAUUUUCGUACUGCCUGAGUAGAUUGAACCCUCAAUAAAAAGAGUUGCCAGUCUCUGGAUUAUGAUUUUCCGUGUCUAGUGGAGUGCUCCAGUGGCGGAUUUGACAGUGAUAAAAAGAAAAAAAAAAAGAAGUGAUUGAAUACGGGUUAUGGGAAGAUGGUGAAGGGGCAAUACGGUCACUGGAAUGGGUUUGCAAUCGCUGGAAAUAUUGAGACAAGGUGUUUGGGCGAGUUUGACUGGAGGAUGGUUCUACGAUCCACAUUUAGAUGUUUUCUCAAAUACAUUUCAUCUUUAUACGUGGCUCUUUCUACUCUGUUUGCCGUUUACUAUUUAUCUGUUUUUUCCACCAACUUUCUACGUUUGGCUCGCCUACUGCGUCUCCAUCGUCACUCUCUUUGGCACGAUAAAAUGUGUGAAUCAUGCUCUACAUUGUGUUUACGAUACCAGCGAGUGUCUGGAGGAGCCAGGACCAGCUGUCAGUCUGAAAAAAUCAGAGAGCGAGAAGCAAAGAGCUGCACGUAGUAAAUGCCAUGACAGGUGCCAGGAUCAGGUGGAUCUGGGGAUUGAACUGCAAGUUUUGAAUGGAAAAACUGACACACCACCAGUGGAAUGUUCCUCAAGAAAUUCAUACAUCGAACAGAAUGCAGCGAGUGCUGAUGCUGAUAGUAUAACAUCAGAGUACAAUCGUGAGAAGCCAAAUUCAACGAUCGAUUUGAAAGUUGAGAUACAUCGUAAGAAUAGUUCAGAGAGCUCAGAGGAGUCGCAGCAGUUGAAGACAAAUGUGAUGAAUGUUGAUGAUGAGGUUGAGUGGAGGAAGAGACGUUUGCAGAGUGGAGGUAUUUGUAGGCAUGCAUCAGCUGACUCACACUGCAGACACUCGAAGCAGAGCUCCUCCAAGAGUGCAUUCGAGGGGACUAGGAUUAAGCAGACGAGCUCCUUGGAGCUUGAGCAACAGCAUGGGGAAGAUUAUCCUUACUGGAAGUCCAAUCAGAGUGUUAGGAGGCUUGGAUCGAAUUCUGUGCCAAUGGAAACACAUCUUAUCACUGAUUAUCCACAGAGUCUUGAACAAAUUAUAUCGAAAAAGAAUAAAGACAUGGAUAAAAUUAAAAUGACAGCGCAUCCACAAUUUUUAGAGGAUAUUGCUAAAAAAUUACACCAACAGCUGGUGCACCCCCAGAGUUUGGAAACUAUCGAUGCAACUAGUAAAAAUGCUGGUCCGUCUGAUGACAAUAAUUUGCCACUUCAUCCCCAGAGUUUAGAAACAAUUAAUACGAAGAAAGUAUUGAAACAAAAUACUUUGAAACGCAAUCAACUUCAAUUACUUCCCUAUCCGAGUUAUGGCUCUGAGAUAGUCCAUCCAAUAGCUGAACAGAGCGACGAACAAUUUGUUAAUGAGAGUGCAGGUGGUUAUAGUUUGCGUGACUCCUAUAGUCCACUGUUAACCAGAAAAACAAAGGGAGAAUCUGGUAUUUGUGCCAAUCGUGAUCGUAGUUUGAGUGCUGGGGGCUUUGAGGACAGAUUCUCGAGGUUCAAUGGAGAAGUUGCUAUUGACGAUGACUCAGCAAAUUCUCGUGAGGCACUUCUUGAGGAAGUCAAGCCAGGAUACAAAAGGAGAUUUAGUAAUGCCAGUCAGAGUAGCCAUGAAUUAUCUGAUAAUGAGAGGAGGAAAGAAAUUUUGGACGAGAGGGAGAAAAAAUUGGAUGACCCCCUCAAUUCUGGGAGUAUUGUCGGCAUUGAUUGGUUGUUUGAGAAUGGAGAUUGUCCAGCUGAACCUUGGGCGAACAAAAUUUAUUGGACAUUCACGCAUUCCGAAGAUACCUCCACUUCCGGGAGUCUGCAAACAGCUAGUACCGAUUACUUUCACCCGAAGGACCCAGACUCGGGUUCCUCGAGCACGACGACCUUGAGUAUCGACAACGAGGUAAAGAAAUCACUAUUGCCCCAGGGAGUACCACAAGAUUCAAAACGUCACCAGGGGGCAAUCCCCAAACAGCACCGUCCAAAGUCCCCAAAAGUUCCCCGACUUCUCUCAUCCCUUCCCUCACCACCCUCACCGCAGACCGAACCCCGUCCUCCCCUGACCCGCCGCGAUUGCAUCCGUCGAGACCGCCCCGAGCCAAAACCAGACGCAUCAACGAGUUCACACCACGAGCUCUCGAUGCUCUUGUCAAAAUCCACCCCCAGGAAUCAACGCUUGAAAGAAGCAAUCCUCAAGCACAACACAGAGUACCAACAGUCCCCCCAGCCACCUCAGGAGGCCCCAGGUCCCAGCAGAGUCCCAGUGCUGAUGCCACGGAGAAAUCAUCCCCGAAAGGUAAAGAGUAAUCACAGGGCGCACAGAGCUGGUCCUCGUUACAGCUCACGGGAAGAUUUCGCUCCGAUAACAGCACUUCUCGGUUUGAUAUCAAAUGGCGAGUGCCACUUGGCGACGAAUCACAAUGACACGAGCGAGGGUGCAGUCCACUGUUACAGAGAUGACAACGGUCGGUGGCUGGCUUACACCUUUGACGAGAAGGGCUCCGGUGUAGCGACCUCAGUGCCCAUUCCCCCAGGACCCAGUGACAAACUCCUAAAUACUCUUCUAAUGCGACAACAGCUGGGAGUCGAUCACUAUCCACAGCUGGAUGGUAACCUGGAGCUCACGGACUCCCUGAGCAACAGCUACAGCAGUUUGAGUUUGAAUUCAGCUGGAUUAACUGUGAUCAUAGAUACACCCCCAGUGCUCUCGAGUCCUGCCAUCAAUCAAACAAAAAGACCAGUGGGUCAGACUCUCGUGGCUUCCAACAUGGGAAAUCCCAUUCCCUUUGACAUGGGAAUGCUCUCAGAGCGUGACGUCUUCUUCAGGAUGAUUGCGGAGAGAGACGGACGGAUUCACAAUUUACUGGAGUCACUGGGGUCACAUGUAUUGGAAAGUCCAAACCCCAGGCCUGUUUUUCCAUCACCGAAUCAGCAGGAGGGUGAUAUCAAUACUAGUCUCUCCUGGAAUCGAUUUAUAGACGGUCUGGAUGGACCGGGGGACAAGGCCAAACCCACCAGGCACUACUACAAGUGGAAAAUAGGAAAAUUACCACACAUUAAAGUGAGAUUUGACAGACUCUCGUUGCUAGCCCUGCUGGACAGGAAUUUAACUGUCAUCGAGACGAUAAUAUCGACGUUACUGGCUGUUCUCGUUGCUGGCCUCGGCCUCAGACUCCUUCAGCAGGGCUUCUACAAGGACAUAUUUGCUUUUAUUUUUUGUUUCGUAACUGCUGGCUGCCAGUACUCAUUACUUAAAUCCGUGCAGCCCGAUGCAGCAUCUCCCACUCAUGGAUUCAACAGAAUAAUCGUUUUCUCGAGGCCUGUUUACUUUAUCAUUGUGUCGAGUAUUAUUUUGAUCCUCAAUGAGAUCCUGAGGAAUUUUAAAACAUCUGACUUUCGGGUUUAUGGUCUCAGGGUGGCCGAUUACGAUGUCAUAAUGCAGGUGCGGAAUAUUCUCCUGAUAUUCCUCCUGACGUUCCCCAUAAUAUUCUCGCUGGGGCUCUUUCCCCAGAUCAAUACUUUCCUCAUGUACAUCUGUGAACACCUGGACAUUCAUCUCUUCGGGGGCACUGCUACCACUGGACUCGUGUCAUCGGUUUAUUGUCUGGCGAGAAGUGUAAUAACAGUAGCAACACUCUAUGGAUUUGCCUACGGAGCUCUGACGGAGCCCAAGUCUUCCCAGCACAUUCUCUUUUCCAUUUUUGUUGGACUCCUCGUGGCAAUAUCCUACCACCUCAGCCGAUCCUCGUCCGAUCCGAGUGUCAUCUGGGACAUCGUGAAGACGAACCUGUGGCCACCAGAGAUGUAUCUCGAGGAGAUGGAGGCUAAGAUAAUUGAGAAUACAUCGAGGCGAGAGCCACCAGCUAUCUACAAAGACACGAAAAUCAGGACGUCAGGGAGGAAAAAGGACGUUAAGAUCAAGGUGGGAGAGCAGUUAUCAGACUCUGAGCUCGUUGAUCCCCUCCCAAAAAAAUUGAGAACAACAGUCAAAGCUAGAUUGAAGAAUGAUCUCAUAGUGUGCGCUAUCAUUGGUGUUUUCUCUUUCUCCAUUCAUGCGUCAACUGUUUUCACAGCUCUUCAACACGAAUUGAAUCCAGUCCUCUGGAGUAUCGCCAGUUGUUUGGGUUUUCUCCUUCACUACAUCGUGCCAGAGCUCAGGAAGCAAUUGCCCUGGCUAUGUCUCGCCAGGCCUGUCCUCAGAAGUCAUUGGCACGGUAUAUUCGAGGUGAGAGAGCCUGUGAAGAUUAUGUGGUUCGAGAAGAUCUACGUCUGCCUCUGCUUCCUCGAGAGAAAUAUACUCUAUCCAAUUGUCUUCCUGGGAGCUCUCACCGAGAACUCCCCAAAAAUUAUCGAAAAAUACGGUGAGAGUAUUGGACCACUCAUAAUCGUCGUCUGUGGUCUCAAGAGUUUGAGAUCCUCCUACGCAGAUCCAACCUCCAGGUACCUCGUCAUUGUCUUCGCAGUUCUCUUUUUCAAGGUGGAUUACUCAGGCCUCUCCGAGACAUUUUUAAUCGACUACUUCGUCACUAGUAUAGCAUUCGCCAAGAUCUACGAGCUCCUGCUGAAGCUGAGGUUCGUUCUAACUUACAUUGCCCCAUGGCAGGUGACCUGGGGAUCAGCCUUUCACGCUUUCGCCCAGCCCUUCUCAGUUCCCCACUCCGCCAUGCUCUUCGUACAGGCAACAAUCUCCGCAGUUCUCAGUACACCCCUCAAUCCACUCCUGGGGAGUGCCAUCUUCAUCUGCAGUUACGUGAGACCUCUGAAAUUCUGGGAGAGGGAUUACAAAACGAGAAGAGUCGAUCACUCAAAUACGAGGAUGUCGUCGCACUUGGAGAGAAAUCUUGGGGCCGACGACAACAAUCUCAACUCGAUAUUUUACGAGCAGUUGACGAGAUCCCUCCAGCACAGCCUCUAUGGGGAUCUUGCCCUAGGGAGAUGGGGUAACGUUGAGCAGGGGGACUGCUUUCUCCUGGCAUCUGAUUACCUAAACUGCCUCGUGCACGUUGUUCAGCUGGGGAAUGGUCUCGUGACAUUUCAAUUGCGUGGUCUUGAGUUCAGGGGAACUUACUGCCAACAGAGGGAGGUCGAGGCCAUCUCCGAGAGCAUCGAGGAGAAUGACAACUGCUGUUGUUGCGAGAUGGGUCAUUUCUCGAAUGUUCUGAGCAUGAAUGCUGCAUUUGGCCAGCGCUGGCUUGCCUGGGAAGUUGCCAGUUCCAAAUACGUCCUCGAGGGCUACUCGAUAUCCGAUAAUUCAGCUGGCUCUAUGCUCCAGGUCUUUGACUUCAGGAAGGUCCUGGUAACGUAUUACGUGAAGAGUAUUGUAUUCUAUGCCAUCAAGUCGACAAAGCUCAAGCAGUGGCUGGAGAACCCCGACAUCAUCGAGGCACUCAAGCCCACCCUGGAGAAGAAUUUUGUGGAUCUCGACCCAGUAUUCAACAUGAAUAUCGACGAGGACUUCGAUUUCAGGGCUAGUGGCAUCACCAGGAGCAGCUUCUGCAAUGUUUAUCUCGAUUGGAUUCAGUUUUGCGCUGGAAAGAGUGAUAAAUCUUUAGAGAGGACUAGGGACUCCUGUGUUGUGUCUCUUUGUCUCGCUCUGAGUCUCCUGGGGAGGAGAGUCCUGGGGGCUGCGUCACACAAUACUGUUUCCUCUGUGGAGUUCUUUCUCUAUGGACUUCAUGCUUUAUUCAAGGGAGAUUUCAGGAUUACGUCCAUGAGAGACGAGUGGGUGCUCCACGAUGUGGAUCUUCUGAGGAGUGUCGUGGCGAAGGGAGUGAGAAUGGCUCUCAAGCUCCAUCAGGAUCACUUCAUGAGUCCUGACCAGUACGAGGAGCCAGCAGCUCUCUUCGAGGCAAUUGACAAUCACGACAGACACCUGGUGAUUAGUCACGAGGCUGAUCCACUCUGGAGGAAUGCUGUUCUCAGUGGUGCACCCAGUUUGCUCGCUCUCAGGCACAUUCUCGAUGAUGGCAUUGACGAGUACAAAGUUAUAAUGUUGAACAAGAGAUUCCUCAGCUUCAGGGUAAUCAAGAUGAACAGAGAGUGCGUGAGGGGACUGUGGGCAGGCCAACAGCAGGAGUUGGUUUACCUGAGAAAUAGAAAUCCAGAGAGGGGAUCCAUUCAGAAUGCCAAACAGGCACUCAGGAACAUCAUCAAUAGCUCCUGUGAUCAACCCAUUGGAUAUCCCAUCUAUGUCUCACCGUUGACGACGAGCUAUGCAGAGACUAAUGAACAGCUGUGCUCCAUUGUGGGAGGACCCUUGAGUCUAUCUGCCAUCAGGAGUAAUGUCCUCAAAUUGUGGAGAAAAGUCAGGAGGAGGUGUGGACAGGGAUGCUCCAGUGGAGGAACCGCUGUCCAGGAUGAUGGAGGCUUUGGCAAUGAUGGGGUGUACGUUACCGCACACAAUACUCAUUUUGGAUUCAAUCAAUCUGGUCACAACACCUCAGGCUCUCAGUCAAUGGACUCUGGCUGUCAAAUUGGUGGUUCCACCGGUCGAGGCUCUCUAGGUCGUGCAAAUACUGGAUCCCUUGGGGGUAAUCGAGGCUCUCUGGCUUCCGUUGGAAAACCCACGAGCUCAACUCUAGCUUCACUCGCUGGUCUACUCAGUAAUAAUGACAUAAAGAUCGAGUCGAAGUGUGAGACUAGCUUUUCGAAGCCUGAGAAGGAUGAAAUAUCACAACGAGUCAGGAUUAUGGAUCCGAAUCAGGUAUACGAUGCUAUUAAUCUUGGACGCAGAAUUGACGUCAUCUGGCCUGAUGAGAGGAUGAGACAACAGGGGGGCAGAACGGGCUGGCAACAUUGGGUACCAGAGAGGGGAAUGGAGGGGUGUGUUGUUCACAGGUGGCUGCCAAAUCAUCGUGAUCCUAAUCGACGAUCUCAUGUCGAUAAAGUUAUACUUCUUGUCAAGAUUGAUGAUAGGUACGUUCCCAUUGCUGAACAGGGCGUCAGGGACUUGGGUGCAGAGGUCUAGGGUAAUUUGGAAUUUUUGGGUUAUUCAAGAAAGGCAUGUGAUCGAAGAAUGAAGGGACUGCUUAGUUAUUAUUAUUCGGGGUUUACACUGAGAUCAAAAUUAUAUUUCAUAUUUUUAGAUGGGUUUGAAGAAUUUUCAUUUAUUGGCUCGAGUCUAUUAUUGAAACUUCAGUCAAGUUCGUAAUUCAUUAUCGAUUAUAAAGUAUGUAUUUGGAACACAAUGAGUCCCUGGAAAGAAUGGACUGGAGAAACAUGACAAAUGUAGAUGAUUCUAUCGAGGAAGUGGAUAUUUGGAUAAUGUAUAAUUUUUUUCUCAGUGUAGCGGCUUCAUUCCUCUCUUAAGAGUGAUUACUUCAUUCAUAAAGUUUAUCGGAGCUUUUCUCUGUGGAGAAUAUCCUGGGGAUUGUGUUGGUGACUUUUAUUAGUUGGUGGGCGUUUGAAAAAUUGUAUUUUUAAUGGAUUAUUGCAGUUUUAUGGGAAAAUUGGAUGGUAAUUUCCGGUUGGAAAAAUCAUAGAAUGUUAGACGCGGAAUCUCCGAAUCCCCGGGAUAUCUACCUCUGCGGAGAAAAAUCAUAUAUACCAAACAUGUUGUACUAUAUUAUGUAAAAUAUCGUGUGUUAUUUGGGGAUUAUCCAAUUGUCAAUGAGAAAAUUUGGAAUUUGACCCACUGUAUAUAGAAGUAAAUACUCUUGUCGUUGUUUUCUGUGAGAAUUAUUUAACUGAUGUUGAGGUGCAACGACAAAGUAUUAACCAAAAUAAUAGAAAUAUGCGGCUGUCAAGAAUUGUAAAUAUCGUCAUUCGUGUUUUUCUACAAUUUUGUUACAAUUUUUUUUAAGAAAAGACUAUGAAAAAAUAUAUUAGUCAAUAAGCUGUAGAUAGCCAAAUGAAAAGUAAUUGUUUAAGAGGUUGAAUAUGUGGGCGAGAAGGACAACAAAGUAUCGAAUAUAUUGUGUUAAUUCCGUGGAUGUUUGAGGUGAAUAAAAAUUCCCGAUGGAGGAACAUAUCUUUCAGCCAAAAACACUUCAACUGGACCUGAAUUCAGGUUGUUUUUUGCUUCAUGGAAGAAAUCAGGGAUGAGGUGGCAGAAUUUAUUACGUGAAUUGAAGGGACUGCGGUACAAUGGGUACUUCAAUCAUUUUUUCUUAAUUAAAUAAAACGUUGCAAUUAAAUUUUCAAUAUACGGAAAAGAAAUUAAUUAAUUAAUUAAAUCAGUUGAGCUGAGGUUGAUCUCAUAACAGAGGGAAAUUAAUCCCUCAAGGGAAAAAUUAUCCAUUUGUAAAAAAAAAAUGGAUUCACAAUUUGGAAAGGAUUUGGAGUUCCCAUUUUGCCCUAUCGUCUCUUAUCACGUUUUUUCCCGGGAUUUGUCCUUGGAAUAUUCGCAAAAUUACCAGUAAAAAACAAAUCCACGUCUCAACAUUCGUUGGCUUAUUCCAAUUCUCAGCAACUGCUCAAUCUCAUUUCUUUCGUUUCUUAUUAUUGAAAAAAAAACGUUACUUACUAAUUGUUAACUGAAGUUCAAACAUUUUUGCUGGUGUCAAGAUUUUUAAAAUCAUUGUAAUUCAAUUUUUCAGUGAUCAUUAUUGAGGGAGAAUAAGGUGAAAUCAUGAUAUUUUUAAUAUUUUUUCCAUGAUAAUAAAUUUCUAUUUGAUGAAUAUUAUUUUUAAAGAAUCAGUGUUUUUAUAGGGUUUUAAGUGAUAAAUCUUUUAACAUUUCUUUUACUUUUCAUUGUGUAAAUAACCAGCGAAUCACAGCAUUGCCUUAUCGUGGUGUUAUCGUUCGACGCCAGACUGAUGAUGAAAAAUAAUAAUAAUUAAUAACAAGAGAUGAAAUACUUAGCUAGUCUUUCAAUUGCUGGGGACGGUUAGUGUAACGAAUCAUCGAUUAGAGUCGAGAAAAUGAAUUCCCGUAGAAAAAAAUAUUGAGAACAAAAUUCGAUCAAUGCAACUGUUACCGGCCUAUUAUCUCUAUUAUCAGUAACUCAAUUUGCCCUGCCCCCGUGAGAAUUCCAUCGAUUCGAACAGGAGCAGAGGAAAUGAGUUAUACGAAUCGAAUAAUUAUAUGGAAAAUGAAAAGCUCAAGAAGCAAAUUUAUAUGAAUAAGCCACGCUAUUUUUAAUUUCCUCAAUACAAUUUGUAAUCAACAGAAAAAAAUAUUAAGAUAUUAAGAUCAGUUGAAUCAUCUUUUGACUCGCAAAAAAUCUUUUGACUUACAAAGAAUUAUGAUUGUAUGACAUAAACAGAAAGAAAAAUCCUCUGAAAAAUAUUUCUUCCACUUUAUCUAUUGCUCACCCAGAAUUUCUGGAAUUUCGAUUAUUUAUGCAGGCGAAAAUGACAAUUAGUGGAGAUUUGUGAUAAGAAUUUCGAAAAAAUCGGGAUAAUUUUCGAAAGAUGAUACACCUGGAUCUUACGCUAGAAAAUUUCAUAAAAACUCUCGACAUCAACGAGGCCAGCAAGAGAAUCAUGAAAUAGUGUAAAUCUGAUCAUAUUAAAGAUACAAUUGAUAAAUAAAAAUUAUUAAUGAAUUAUUAGCGUUAUAAUAUCGAUUCAAGAGGAAUGAAUGGAGUUUCCUAUGAUGUAGAUCGAUUAGUUUUUAAGUUUUGAAGAAACUCCAAGAUUAAUGAGUUGGGAGUAAAAAAUUUGGAAUAUUUUGUGCUCCAGACCAAUCAGUAUAGAAAAAUAAUGAAUUAAAAAUUAUCUGGACUCAUCUCCUUUCUUCGGCACUUCACUACGGAAUUAUCCAAGAGGAUCAAUACAGCAUAAGAGCAAAGAACUGUGAGACCCUCUGAUUUAUUCGUUUAUUAUCUCGAAUGUAUAUAUUAUAAACGAGACAUAGAAAAGAACAUUUUGUAAAUAUGCAGUAGCACUUAAAAAAUUGCACUAUCGAAGAUUGAAACAAAGUCUAUGAUACAAUUUUAUUUCAGAAAAAUAAUGAGAAUUCUCAUUGCACUAAAUUAAAAGACGUUACUUUUUUCAAGAGACAAACCACAAUAAUAGUGAUAAUUACAAUUGAACACGUGUACUCAAUCUCCCAGUUCCAUAUUUAUUUUCAAUUUCAAUAUUUCAUUGGAUAUAUUUACCUCAACAGCAGCACCGCUCAGUCAAUUCAUCGUACGUUUUCUGGAUCUCAGAACUGAUGAAGAAAUAUCAAAAUUUGAAUAUUUUCAGUUCACUCCGAGAUAUUCGUCAAAACAUACGGCAAUGAAAACAGGUUUCUCAAUUCAUUCGGUUAAAGUCAAAAGAUAUAAAACUAAGUCACACUGGCAAAUUUAUCACUUGAAUAUUUGAAAACAUUCUGUUGAGAAUGUGAUGUACCUUUCAUCCAAUUUCCAAGAGUUUAUCGGUUCUACCGAAUGUUUAUCCAAUUAAUUUGAGAAAAUCACGGUUUCGCGUUUAAUUAUUUGAUGAGCUUUCCCUAAUAUGAAGCUCUCGGAAAAAUAAUGGGAAUUAAUUCGUUGAUAUUCACUAGAUAUUUGUAUGAAAUGUAAUAAAUCUAAAA